GCCUAGCAACAAGUAUUGGCGAGCUGCUACUCUCAUGCGCAACGUAGUUAGCUGGUUCGGAGCGUCGCGUCUAGGUAGCGACGCGUUUUUAUUCCGUAGAUAUCACAAGUUUGCUCAGUUGUCGACCGUAUUUAAACUGAACCUGCCGUUUUGAAAGGGGGAACAUUAGUGUUGAGCAUUAAUUCGCUGUUUAUCAUUCACGGGCGGCGGCGCAAGGAGGUUUAUUUUCUCCGCGGAAAGUGGCUAGCCUUUAGCUAAGUGACGUUAACAUCAGAGCGUUUCCUCUGCGGAGACGAGCAGAGGGAGGUCGGAGACACCGGGAUGCGAUUGUUCGUUAGCUGGCCGGUUAGCCUUUCUAAUGUUGGCGGACACUGGAUGAGCUGAAACGUUAUAUAACAGUGGAAAAUACCCAUACAGAGUGGAACUGAGGAAGCCAACCAGACAUCACCAUCAUGUUGGAGGAGGACAUGGAAGUGGCCAUCAAGGUGGUCGUGGUCGGCAAUGGAGCUGUUGGCAAGUCCAGUAUGAUCCAACGCUACUGCAAGGGCAUCUUCACUAAGGACUACAAAAAGACCAUUGGAGUGGAUUUUCUGGAAAGGCAGAUAGUUGUAAAUGAUGAAGAGAUCCGAUUAAUGCUGUGGGACACUGCUGGGCAGGAGGAGUUUGACGCUAUCACCAAGGCCUACUACCGCGGGGCCCAGGCGUGUGUUCUAGUUUUCUCUACCACAGACAGGGAUUCAUUUCAGGCUAUCGACAGCUGGAGGGAGAAGGUGGAGGCAGAGGUGGGAGAUAUUCCUACAGUUCUAGUGCAGAACAAAAUUGACCUCCUUGAGGAAACUGUAAUAAAAAACGAGGAGGCAGAAGGUUUGGCAAAAAGGCUGAAGCUGAGAUUUUAUCGAGCGUCAGUGAAAGAGGAUCUUAAUGUCAACGAAGUUUUUAAAUACUUGGCUGAGAAGUAUCUCCAGAGACUCAAACAGCAAACAGCAGAGGAGACAGAGGUAGUCCAUACAACAAGCAAUAAAAUAGGUGUUUUUAAUACAACAAGUAGUAAUGUCUGCAACCAGAGCUCCAGCAACGGCAGAGAGGUGAUCACUCUGCGACCAAACAAACAAAGGACCAAGAAGAGUAAAAAUCCUUUUGGAAGCUGCAGUCUAGUCUAAAUGAAGCUCCACUCAUUUUAGUGAAUGCUGAUUGUGAGACUAGUUUGGUCUUUGUUGUACUCUGUCCAUGGGGCUACAUUGAUUGACCAAAGCCCACACAGACUGGGAAACACUCCUCUAAUGCUACCUUAAUAAACUCAACUGUAAUCCAAAUCCAUUUCCCAGUAUUGCUGGUUGAAUUUUCUUCGCUUUAAGCGCGAUCUGAGCACAAAAAAAGCAUGUCAAUGUUUGUACACUCCUGAGUCCUCCUUGUGGUAGCCUGAGGCAACAGCAACAACUGCGUAUAACACCCAUUUAUAUUCUGUAAUGGAUGAAAUGACACCUCACAAAAAAAAAAUAUUUUUACACUACUCUAUUUCUGUUUGAACAUUUCCGCUGUGUAACAUGUCUGCAUGGUUUUCAGAAGAUACUCACAUUAUUUUGUACCAUAUUUUUUCAAACUUUAAAAAGAAUAUGGUUCAAACUAUGCUGUGUACACUAUCGAACCCAGAGUAUAUUCUCUGUGCAAAAGUAUUUUUGUACAAAUCACAACAGUGUUGAGUGAUUAUUAUUUUCUCUCAAGUGUUGACAUAGUGCCAAAUCUGCUCUGUCUGAGCUGUAACUAAAUAUGAAUACUGCAGUGGUAUGGAUGUAACAUGAAAUAAGUAGAAUGUGCUCCUAUGUAUAACCAAAUAUCAAUAACACUAGAUAAUCUUCUAAAUGUCUGCUUGCAAUCAACUCAUUAACAUACAUGUCAAUUACUUUAAGGACUUUGUGAUGCAAAACAUGAGUUGACUUUUGCUCCCUGCUCGUUAAGUUAAAGCAUCUUAAUUCACCAUCAGUUAUAGCACUAUGUUUGUAAAUGUUUACAUUUGAAUCUUUCACUGUGCUUUUCUUCGAGUGACCGCUCAGUCAGAUUAAUUACUGUGUCUGUACAUUUUUCAAAUUGCACUGUAUUUUCUAACAUUUCUAACCCUAGACAUUCUUCUGUGAGGCUCCUUUAGUAUCAAAUCAUUUUAUUUAAAAUGGAAAUACAAAACGUGUGCACACUUCAUAAUUUUUAGGUACAAAUAGUAAAAAAAAAAAGAAGACUAAAAAGGCAAAACUCAGCCGUGUCUGUUUCUGUGGUAUGAACUCAUGCGCACAAUGUAAAUCUGUGCUCUCUGAAGGUACAAAAAGCGGACAGAAUAUUUGACUUGUGUGUGUGCUGCGAAUAUGCAAGAAAACGAAGUCUGCUCUCACUUCACAAGGGUACUCAUGUAGUGAAUGGUGCCUGAACCAAUGCUAAAUCCUCAAAUCAGCUAGCUGUGGGCUGUAUGUUACUGCCUGGUCUAAUUUAAAAGAAAAACUUCUCUGACAGACAACUCUGAACUAAGCACAAAGAAAUGUGUUGAUGUGGAAGUCUUAUAUAUAUCCUGUCAGAACAUUUCAUUUUUUAAAUUGAAGGUGUUUAACUUGGAUUAAGAGAACUCAAACAUCUGGGAGUGAGAGUGAGCAUGCACAUGAAUGAUUCAAAGCUGUUUUUUAGGUACAUUGAUACUAAAAUGGUGUCACAGGUCGAGCACUGUCGGUUGGUUGUAUGUAAACAGUGCUGUUCUGAAAAGUGUCUCAAUGUGUAAUGCAUGCACCUUCUUACACAUCAGUGAAUGUCAUACCAUGGUUGCAAUGCCACAAUGCCUUGUCCAUGUUUACAUUCUUCCUCAUUGACCUCCAUCAAGCAUUCAAUGCCUUCUAUCGCUGUUUGUGUGAAAUUGCCUGCAGAACAUCUGUAAAUAACUUCUCGAGCUUUCUUUUCUUUGUCACUGUGUUUACUUUGCCUUUUUUGACUGAAUUGAUUUAAGCGCACUUUAUCAUCAAGAUGGCAUAUAAUCCUAAAGAACCACGCGUCAACACUAACCAUUACUUAUGUGCUGUCACUCAGGUGGUGUAAUCUAUGUUUCUUAAUGUCUAACUGACGUCGUCAACCAAUUUCAUGAACAUUUAAAAAUAGACAAAACUUAUGAAUGCUUUCAGUGUGACAAAAACAACAAUCGUUGGAUUUCCUGUUUUAACAGUUAACAUUUGUAUCGCAACUUGAGGUGUUCAACACAGGUGUCCACCUUGUGUUUUAGGGGGAAUGUUGAUGGAAAUGAAACAUAAAUAAAACGUUCUUUUUUUUCUUG